AUGACCCGGCCAAUAGAACCCCUCCACCCCUCUCAUCCAGCCCACAUAGUCCAUCAUCAAAUCUGCAACCACAUUCUUCGUCGGAUCUACAAACCCUCACCUGAUGACCCUUCCCAAACAGGAUGUAUCUGUUCCCACCCACCUGAAGAAAUCGUCAGACCGAUUUGCCUCGAACGUGGAGGAAUCCCCUGCCGCAUUGACGAAUUGACUUAUGAAGUCGCUUCAUUGCCAAUAGAGUGUAACUCCUGCGCUGAGAGGAACAGUAGUAGUAGUAGUAGUAGAGGGAGUGAUGAGGGGAGUAGUGAGGGUGAAAUUAUGGCAAAGGAGAGGGGUGGUGAAGGUGUGGUGAAGAGUGGAAGAAAGAGGAAGGGGAAAGGAAGGGUUAGUGGGAAGACGUCAAAGAGGGUUGGGAUGUCACAUACGCCGGCUACGAAGUUAGCUACGGGAUUUGGAGGACUAGGAAUUGAAUCUCCUUCGAGUGCAAGCUCUGGAUCUAGCUCUAGCAAAAAGGAAAAGAGGGGUAAUUCCAAGAGGAGAUCGAAAGAAUCGAAUAGACCUAGAGAUACGGAGGAAGAGAAGGCUUGGAAACAGCUUCGGAGUGGACCUGUUGGUGGGUUUUAG